UCAGGAUGGAUAUAAAUAAACACACACUUAUCUUUCACUGUACACUCAAGUGAAAAAUGUCACGAAAAAUAAAAAUGCUUGUCCAUCUCUGUCGCGUUGUACUCUUCGAGGUUAUGUUUAUCGUUACUGAUAUUCUCAUCGAUAGGGAGCAUGCAAACUGUGUCGGAAUAUAUGUUUGUGGGAUACAUUUGGACGAAGGGAUUAGCGAGUGAAAUUUGUUUCAUCGUGGAGAUCGUCGUCGAAUGGAAAAAGUAACAAAAAUUUUCUCACGAUGCGUCUAAGAUACACGUCAUGGUCGCCAUGAUGGAAACUGGUGGCGCUGUGCGAUUUCUCAUCUGGUGAUCCUUGAAGAAUUUACGAAACGUUUGCAGGACACCGAUCGAAGAUUCGACCUCUCAUAAAUCGAAAAAUGGAUUUUCUGUAUUACGCGAACCAUUCCUACAAGAAGCAACGAUUACGAUUCGACAACUCGUACAAGAAAUUCCCGUGCCCGAAUUGCCCGAGCGUGUUCGUCUGGAAAUGCACGUUGAAGAGGCAUUUGCGGAACGAGUGCGGCCAAGAGCCGCGAUUCAAGUGUCCACACUGCGACUACCGUGGCAAAUGGAAGGCGAACAUAUGCAGACAUAUCAAGAGAGUCCAUAAGAAUUGCAGCAUUUACGUUUUGGACACUUAGUAAUGGGACGGAGAAUUGGUGGACGUUCGCGGCCGAGUACACGGCCAAUAAAUCGACGAAACGAAGGCGAAUGAAAGUGAGGACGGCCGUGUACGUGUGUCCAACACCGAAUUGCGCCAAAUCAUUCAAUUGGAAAGGAAAUUUGAACAGACAUCUGAGAUACGAGUGCGGCCUUCAGCCACGGUUCAAGUGUCCGUAUUGCGCGUAUUGUUGCAAGGUUAAAGGAGACGUAAACAAACACAUAAUAAGAAAACACCAGGGUUUGGCUAUUUACGUGGUCGACCUGUUCGCGUCUACAACAAGUUAAAACGAUCGUGUUUUCAAUUUAAUUUAAAAUUGUAUUUUCGUUCGAAUAAAAUAUACGACUUGUCCCCUCCCUUUCUACUACUAUUCCCAACAUUGUUCGAAACGAAGUGGUAAGAGACAAUUUGCAAUGAUUACGUUCUGGUGAUUGUAUUACAUUGAUUAUAAUUGUUACUUGUUUCACGAUUGUACGAUUAAUUGUUUCUUUGAAUACAGGUUGAAUUACAGACGAUAUUUUGAUUAAGAAUUUAAGACUCUCACGAUGUUAACAAGCAAGUUUUUUCAAGCAA